AUGACUUCAUCGUCCUCUACCUCCUCCUUUCCUUCACCGCCCAAAGACGUUAUCGUCAAAAUCAACGGCCAGGAUUCCUUCAAGGAACCAACUAAAACUAGCGAGAAUACUAGGACUACUACUAAUGCCGGUAGAAUGUGGAGGGAUUCUAGCUACGAUUUCUCAAACGACGUCGUUAUGAGAGCUGCCGCGAACAACGAGAAUUUCGAUUUCAUAACCGAGUCUCCCUUAUCUCGUAUAGCGGAGAGUCCGAGUACCAACUAUGGCCAGAUGACGCCGAGGGAGGUCCGGGUUCCGUUUAACGACAACGCGGCGGAGACGGUUCGAGGCCUAAACCGCAGGUCCAACGCUGAACAGGAGGAGGUUCUAGUAUGCAGCUCCAACUCAUCUUUCCGGAGAAAAUCUAGUUUGCUUAGAACCAAAACUAAAUCCCGAUUACUAGACCCACCGGCGAACAAUCAGAAAUCCCAAAAUCAGAGAAAUACAAAAUCUCAGUUUUUAGAUAAAGGAAGUGAAAUAGAUGAAGACGACCCGUUUCUAGAUGAAGAUUUUCCGGAUGAUUACAAGAAAAUGAAGUUCAGUGCACUUUCGAUUCUUCAACUGGUGAGCUUGAUUCUGAUUGUCGCAGCUUUAGUUUGUAGUUUAACCAUUAAUCCUUUGAAGAACAAGGAAAUUUUCGAAUUGCAAUUAUGGAAAUGGGAAUUGAUGGUUUUGGUUUUGAUUUCUGGAAGAUUGGUAUCAGGGUGGGGGAUUAGAAUUGUUGUGUUCUUCUUUGAGAGGAAUUUUUUGCUGCGUAAACGGGUUUUGUAUUUUGUUUACGGGUUGAGAAAUGCGGUGCAGAACUGUAUAUGGUUGGCUCUAGUUUUGAUUUCUUGGCAAUGCAUUUUCGAUAAGAAGGUUGAGAGACUUACGGAUGGGAAUGUUUUACCUUAUGUGACUAAGAUUUGGGUGUGUCUCUUGGUUGGGACAUUGAUUUGGUUGUUCAAGACCCUGCUCGUGAAGAUUUUAGCAUCCUCGUUUCACGUCAGCACGUUUUUUGAUCGGAUUCAGGAAUCUUUGUUUAAUCAGUAUGUCAUUGAGACACUGUCUGGUCCACCAUUGAUAGAGAUUCAGCACGAGCAAGAAGAGGAGGAGAAGGUGAUAGCUGAGGUUCAGAAGCUUCAGAGUGCUGGGGUGAAUAUCCCAGCUGAUCUUAAGGCAAACGUGUUUCCCAAAAUUGGGAAAGUGUUAGGGACGCCCCGGAAGAGUCCCAUGGCUACAGGUGCAAAGAGUCCUGUGUUUUCUCGGAUCACAUCAAAGAAGGAAGAUGAGGCUGGUAUAACAAUUGAUCAUUUGCAUAGGCUGAAUCAGAAGAAUAUUUCGGCUUGGAAUAUGAAGAGGCUGACUAAUAUUGUUCGGAAAGGUGUAUUAUCGACUCUGGACGAGCAAAUACAGGGCUCAACUGAUGAGGAUGAGUCAGCCGUGCAGAUCACUAGUGAAAAACAGGCUAAAGCUGCGGCCAAGAAGAUCUUAAACAAUGUGGCGAAGACUGGAUCAAAAUUCAUUUACCUGGAGGAUUUGAUGCGCUUUAUGAGAGAGGAUGAGGCUUUGAAGGCCAUGCGCCUCUUUGAAGGAGCAAACGAAAACAAGGGGAUAAGCAAACGAGCUCUUAAAAAUUGGGUGGUCAAUGCAUUUAGAGAGAGGCGAGCCCUAGCUUUGUCUUUGAAUGACACGAAAACUGCCGUCAACAAAUUGCACCAAAUACUGAAUGUCCUUGUGGGAGUGAUAAUAGUUGUCAUCUGGCUCCUUUUACUCAAAGUUGCAACUACGCAUUUCUUUAUCUUCUUAAGCUCUCAGCUUCUUUUGGUUGUGUUCGUGUUCGGGAACACGUGCAAGACAAUGUUUGAGGCUAUUAUUUUCUUAUUUGUGAUGCAUCCGUUUGAUGUAGGUGACCGUGUUGAAAUUGAUGAAGUUCAGAUGGUAGUCGAAGAGAUGAACAUAUUGACAACGGUUUUUCUGAGGUUUGAUAACCAAAAGAUUUUUUAUCCAAACAGUGUUUUAUCCACAAAGUUCAUCGGUAAUUACUAUCGCAGUCCAGAUAUGGGUGAUGCAAUUGAUUUUGUUAUCCACAUUUCAACUCAGGGGGAAAAGAUUGCAAUGAUGAAGGAGAGAAUAACAAGAUAUGUUGAAAGGAGGAGCGAUCAUUGGUAUUCGUCUCCACUGAUAGUCAUAAGAGACGUGGAGGACAUGAACAAGUUGAAAUGGACAAUUUGGCCUUUUCACACGAUAAAUCAUCAGGAUAUGGGUGAGAGGUGGUCAAGGAGAGCCCUUCUGGUUGAAGAGAUGGUUAAAAUUUUUCGUGAUCUUGAUAUUGAGUAUCGAUUGCUGCCUCAUGACGUAAAUGUACGUAACAUGCCACCUUUGACAUCGACCAGGCUUCCAUCUACUUGGACCACAUGCGCUCCUUGUUGA